AUGGAGUGUCGCAGCGAUCGCGGCAUACCGAAGCGCGAGCCUCGUCCUGACUGCGACGAGGGCAAGUCGCCCAAAGAGGUGGUCCCCGAGGACUUCAAUGAGGGUGUCAUCGCCGCAAAGCUGCUGGUGGAAGGCAACAUAAGCGAGGCUCCAAGUAUGGUCCAGCUGCAGAAAAUAGCUGAGCGAACGCUCGAGUCGCCCCCGGAAGCAAAGGGUGUGAUGAGAAGUCUCGAAUUCUAUUUCUGGUACUCGGAUACAGUAGAUGCUCUGCUCGUGUUUAGAGCUCUACAGGUCCUUGAUUACCUUGUACACUGCGGACCUCGCCAGUUCGAGAACUGGGCCAAGGGGAACAUUGACCGCUUGCAGGAAAUCGAGAAGAAUGAAGAAAUAUACAUCCAAGCACAAGAGCUAUGGACGCUCAUCACUUCCUAUACCCGGGAUCUAAUUCGAGUUCUCUCUGAUCCGGAAUUACUCAUGGUCGAGCGAGGCUGGUCGGAGCUCUGGGCCAGCCGAGUCGAAGCUACUAUUCCAGUGCACCUGCAGGUUCGAACCGAAGAAAUAAGAAUUCGACAAGACGAUUCAAUGGACGGCAGUGGUUACGACCAGCAACUGCCGCCCUAUCCUGGCCCUCGUGCAACUGAGUUUCCGCCGGAGAAACCUCGUGUUGUGGUGCCGUCGAGGGGGCUGCAACAAACCAUUACUCCAAUGCAGCAGCAGCGGGAUAAUGUGCCCAUAUACCCAGAGAUUGCAGAAACGCUGAGCCUAUCGACAAGCACACAAAGUCAAGCACGAGGAGACGCCGGUGGAUACUCUGUGAAGGCCAGGACACCAAUAAAUGACAACCCAACAAUCCCGGAGCAGUUGUUGGGUGCCCGAAUCUCGAGUAGGAACGCAUUGUAA